AUGUCGACAGGCUACACAAAGGAGCAGGAUACACCCCCACCGGAAACCGACCGCUCGCUCGCAAUGUUCAUACGCAGCACGCAGCUCCUGUGGAUUAUCCUCCACCUCGUCGCUACAUCGAAUGCCCUCUUCACCGACCAGAGCAGCCAAUACUUUGCCAACAUACUCCCACGCGUGAUCUGGGCUUCAUGUACCAUCACUGCCCUCCUCCUCUCAAUCCUCCUCCUCAACGCAAUAUGGAACGCCUUCUACGCGCCCCUGAGCGCAUACCCGGGGCCACUACUCGCCCGGUGCUCAAGACUGUGGUACGCACGCGCCAUGAUCCGCGGCACACUCCCCUACGACAUCCGCGACCUCCACGAGAAGUACGGCGACGUCGUGCGCAUCGCCCCGGACGAGCUCUCGUACGCCUCGGCCCAGGCCUGGAAGGACAUCUACGGCUUCCGCAAGGGCUUACCGGAGAUCCCAAAGGACGCCCUGUUCUACGGCUCCAUGUCGAGUGCGAACUUGAGUCUGCUAGGCGCGGGGACGGAGCGCCAUGCGUACUUCCGGAGCUUGUUGGCGAACGGAUUCGCCGAGUCGCGGAUGCGGGCCGAGGAGGAUCGCGUCAAGGAGUAUUGUGCGCUGUUCAUCAAGGGGCUUCAUGAUGCCUGUGACGGAGGGCGAAAGGAGGUCGACCUGGUAAAGUGGCUCAACUUCUUCAGCUUCGACGUCACCGGCGCCCUCGUCUACGGCAAAUCCUUCGACUGCCUCACCAGCGGCGGCAACUACCACCCCUGGAUCGAAGCCAUGAUGGGCAACCAGAAAUUCGGCGCCCUCGCCCGCACAGCAAAGUACUUCCCCGGCGCCACCUCCCUGCUCAGCGCCCUGAUACCAGCCUCCCUCGCCGCCGCCCGCCGCACACACAUCCAGCACGCCACCGAACUCGCCUCCCACCGCCGCGCCCUCGGCUCCGCCCGCCACGACCUCGUCGAGCGCAUGGCCAGCCCGGAAAGCAGGGUUUCCGACGCCGAAUUCGUCGCGAACACGUGCACGAUUGUCAUUGCGGGGAGUGAGUCGACGGCCACGCUGCUGUCCGGCUUGCUCUACUAUGUGCUGCGCGACGCGCAGGUCAAGGCGCGGCUUGCGGCGGAGAUUCGCGGUGUGUUUGAGUCUGGGUCUGAGACGGAGGCUGCUGCUGCGGGUGGCGCAGUGCCCGUUUCGGCGGCGAAGCUGGGCGAGCUGAAGUAUAUGCAGGCUUGUGUUGCCGAGGCGCUGCGUGUGUUUCCGCCGUUUCCGGGGAAUUUUCCGCGGCGCACGUGUGUGGAGGAGGUUAUUGAUGGGCGGGCUGUGCCGGCGAAUACCACAGUCUCAAUCUUCCACUACUCCGCCUACCACCUCCGCCGCAACUUCAUCCGGCCCGACUCCUUCAUCCCGGAGCGCUGGCUCGACGACUUCCGCUUCGCGCGCGACAACACCGCCGUCUUCCAGCCCUUCCACAUCGGCCCGCGGAACUGUAUCGGUAGAACACUCGCAUACAUGGAGAUACGCAUCCUGCUAGCGCGCCUGUUUCUGGAAUUCGACGUGGAGCUUGCGCCGAGAUGCGCGGAUUGGCAUGGGUUGCAGAAGGUGUAUAUGGGGUGGGAGAGGGCUCCGCUUUGGGUUUCGUUGACGCCGAGGGCGGGGUUGGCGGGGAAGAAGGGGGCAGGGAGGGGGAAUGGGGUUGAGAGGAGGGUUAGUUUUGAGGGGGUUUGA